AUGUCAAAAGAUCUAGAUAAAUUUAAUAUAUACGAGCAUUUAUUACCUGAAUUAAUGGAAAAAUUCGAUAAAAAAGAAUUUUUAUUUGAAAAAAUUCAAUCGAUGUGUAAUCCUUAUUAUAAAUCAAGAGCAUUGUAUCAAUUAGCUACAUUCUAUGAUGAAAAAAGUUAUGAACUAUUAAAUCAAUCUUUUAUACUGACAAAAAAUAUUCAAGAGUCAUCUCUAAAAUUUCAAGUUUUAGAAAAGAUUUUUAGUAUUGUUCAUUAUAAGGAAAUUGAACAGAAACUAUUCAUUCAACAAAUAGUUGACGAAUUAAUUUUAACAUAUGAUAAUAUUGAAGAUGUUUAUAAUCGAAUUAUUGCAUCAAUAAGAUUAUCGUUUUAUGGAUCAGGAGAAUUUCGAAAGAAAUAUUUAACCAAUGCUUUAGAAACACUUUAUCAAAUGGAUGAAAAUGAUGACAAAAUCAAAUUAAUUAUUAAAUUAAAACCAUUAAUUACUAUCUAUGAUGAUCUUCUAAUCAAGUUUAAUGAAAUGAUAGAAACUCUUAAAAAUAAAAUGCAUCAUUAUAUGGCUAAUGCUUAUUAUGGAAGAAUGUUAUUUACUGAAACACGAUCGAUAUUUAAUUCAAACAUAAUUGUAGAUCUGAGUGAAGAUUUGAAAAAUAGAAAUGAUAAGAAUAAUAUGACAGAUAUUUCAAAUUAUAAUGAAUUACAAGGUUUAUUCUUAUUGUUUGCUCAAUUGAACGACAUAAAAUUAGUAAUUAAUAAAACAGAAAGUACAGAUCAAUUAUGGGUUCAUCUUUUUAAAGAUAUUAAUAAUCCAUCAACUAUAGAAAAAAUAUUAAAUAGCGGUUUACAUGAUGAAAUAUUUCUGACACCACAAAUAGCCAUUAUUAUUGAUGAAUUGAUGCAAAAAGGAAAAGAAGAUACUAUAUCAAUUCUUUUCCCUUAUAUAAUAAAACAAUUCAAUGAAGUAUUACCUAUUGUCCAGAAAUGGUUUACACAAUAUAACAACUGUCAAAUUAAAAAUCUCGCAGCUCUCUUACUUGCAGAAGCCAAGCAUGUUUUUGAACCUGCCGUUGAUACAAUUAUAAAUUUACUCACAAGCGAUAAUGAUCAAAUGAGAUAUAGAGCUCAACAAAUUUUUCAACAUCCUGCAAGAGAUGUUGAAGUACCUACUAAGAGAAUAUCUGUAUUAGGAGAAAAAACAAUGAUAAAGAUUCUUGAACAUGCUGUUGUGAAAGAUUAUCUUCCACGAAUUCGAGUUUAUCUUUUAACGUUUUUCUUCGAUUUAUUAUGGGAUGAUUCUAUCGUUUUUUACAGAUUAUUUCAGCAUAUGAAUCAACUAGAAGAGAGAAACUCUACUAGUAAUAGAAGAAUACAUUUUUUCAAUAGACUUUACUUCAUAAAUAAUUUUACUUGGAAGUCAAUAAUUGAAAUAAUGAUACAAUCAUUACAUCCAUUAUACAUAGAAAAGUUACUUCAUUCAGUGAUGCAUUUAGCAAAACGUUCUCAAAUUUCAGCAGAUGAUUGGAUUGAAUUUGCAAGAUUAUUAGCAAUAACAGAUACAUCACAAUUUAAAGAAAAAUUAUAUUUUUUAAAUACAGAUAUAGAAAGAAUAGAAUUUAUUCUUAAUGAAGUUUCUGCUUCAACAACUAUGGUUGGAAAAACUUAUUUUGAAAAUCUUGAAUCAGUAUUAGUCCAACGGACAACCAUCAAAGUUGAAAAUCUUUCACGGCAAACCUACGACCAAAUCAUAUAUAUAGGUCGUUGCAAGUUUACUGUUUCAAAUAAUGCUAACCAAACAGUAAUAAAUUUAUUAAACAAUAUUUCCAUAAAUAUUAUUCUCAUGGAAAAUUUAAUUCAAUGGUUAAUACAAAUAAUGAUUAGUUUCAAUGGUGUUGAUGAUACUAUAUUUGCAUUGAUCUUAAGUGAAACUUUAUUAUCUUUAAUCUCUGCAUGUGUUCAAAAGGAAGAUUAUUUGUAUCGAAAAAUUACAAAUUCUUCGAAUUUUAAUAAAGCUCAAAUGAUUAAACUUCUGGAAAGAAUGCUUAAUUAUCAUCCAUAUUUUCCAGCUAGAGGUAACGCUUUUAUAUUACUUUCAGCGAUAGACAACUUUGAUCAUAAAAUAAUUAUUAAUAUCAUGAAUACAUUUUUUGAUGAAAAUAUUGUAAAAGAAUAUUCUGUCAUUGGAAUUCAUCUUAUUCAUUUAUCUCCAAAUGAACUUAUCGACGAUUUAAUGAAAUAUUUAAAAAGUGAAAGUGCUAUAAAAAUCUAUGAAACAUUAAAAAUUUUGACAGAAUUUGCUUUAAAUGAAAAAAUAGAUACACAUACAAAGUCAAAAAUUAUGAUUUAUUUAGCAAAUGAAAUUGGACAAUUUAAAUCAAAGAAGCCUGUUAAUUAUUACUAUACAGAUAUAAAAAUUCCUUUUACAACAACAUUGGAAAAUGAAUUGUAUAAAGCAUGGAUUAAAAUACAAGGACUCUCUGGUAAAACACAAUAUUCGAUUAAUAUUGAAAAAUCAAAAAAAUAA